UGACGUCAGCCUGUCUCUGCUCUCAGUCUUCUUCAGAUUCUGCAGGCUGCUGUGUACAGUAGCAUACAGGACCAUGGAUACACUGAUCCUGCUCUCCCUGUGCCUGCUCAGCUGGAGAGGGAUACAGGGGCAGCAUGAUAAUUCCACCAAAGUAAUGAACAACAUGCUGGGUCAUAAAAUAUCUCUUCCAUGUGACGUGUACAGCCAUGAUGAUUCCAGCACCCCCACACUACAGUGGUUGUAUGAGAAGAAUGGAAAACACAUUGUCAUUUAUACAAGUGGGCCAUCGGGAACAAACAUAGAAGAAUCGGACAUGAAAAGUCGGGUCAAUGUGAAUAAGCAUAUGCACCUGGUCAUUGAACACACAAAAGUAGAAGACGAAAAGCUAUUUACUUGCCGCGUUGAGGACCAAACUGGCAAAGUCAAGGAAAGCAAUGUGCACCUCAGAGUCUAUAAGGCUCCUGAUGAUCCAGAAAUUACAAUGGAAGAAAAUGGAAUUCACAUAACAGAUGAGGCUGUUUGGAUUGGACAAUGUGAAACGAAGAACGGUUUUCCCGCACCCAAUAUUACGUGGUAUAAGAACAAUACACAACUGAAAACUGGAAAGGAUGGUGUGGUGGUCACUACUCAGAUCACAGUGAAGUCCAAUGGUCUGAUUACAGUCAAGAGUGUCCUCUCGUCUCCUGUGUAUAAGAACGAUGUUUACUCUACUUUUUACUGUGAGGUUUCUUAUCACCUUUCAAACGGGGCUUUUAUGAAGGAAUCGGAUAGAAAAAACUUUACUGUAGACUACCCAAACACUGAAGUAAAGCUAUUUGUGAAGAGCCAACAUGAGAUAAUAAAGGAAGGAGAUAAAGUACAGCUGAUAUGUAUGGGCGAUGGGCACCCACAGCCUCAGAUCACGCUGUUCAGGAAAGAUGAGGAAGAACCUCUUGUAGAGGAUUAUUCAUUUUCCUGGACAGUCUCAAGGCAUGAUUCUGGAGGAUAUAUCUGUAGAGGGCUUAGUAUGGAUGACUUUAAUGAAAUGGAAGCGGAGAAUGAACUACACGUCCACUACCUGGAUCCUCCUGUGCUAUCUGAAAAGUCUCCUUUUAUUGUGGACCUUGGAAGUGUUCAUAGUGUUUCCUGCCGUGCAAAUGCUUCAGCUCACACAGACAUCCACUGGACGAAGGACGGCAGCACCAUAGCCAAUGGUUCUGACUUGAGCCUCAGUUUCCUGGAUUACGCUGACGCAGGACGGUACGCCUGUGUUGCAAGCAUAACUGGUGUACCAGGACUUACAAAGACCCAGGAGCUACUGGUGAUCCUAAAAGGGAAACCACAAGUGACUGUCAGUCCAGAGCAUGAAGAAGUACAAGACGGCGAAAUGCUGACUCUGACGUGUACAGCAGUCGGUAAUCCCACACCUAAAAUAACCUGGUAUAUCAAUGGCACAGAGGUAGAUGGUGAUGUUGUUAAUGCUUCUGAUAGUGAAGUUAUUAGUGAAUUGAACUUCCGAGUGACUCAAAAUCAUCUGAAUGGCCGAAUAUUGUGUAAGGCAGAGAAUGAAAUCAACAGCAGCAUGGAAUAUAUCCAACUACAGGAAAGAGUCGGACUCGUACCCACAGCUGUAUUUGGUGAUCACAGAGGAUCAGAAACCACAGUAGACCCAGGCUCCAAGGAAGAAUCUGAAACCACAAAAGACCCCAGCGUAGAGUCCAGAAGUCAGAAAAGCUAUGGCGUGGUGAUUGUGGCGGUCAUUGUGUGCAUUCUUCUGCUGGCCGUUCUGGGAGCGGUGUUGUAUUUCCUGUAUAAGAAAGGACGCAUCCCUUGUGGACGCUCUGGAAAAAAAGAUAUCACAAAGCCAGGAGAAAAAGAUCAAAUUGUCGUAGAAAUGAAGCCGGACUCCCCAGCUGAAGAAUCUGUCCUUCUUCCAGGAGCACAAGACAAGAAACAGCAAGCAGAGCAGGAAAGAUACAUGGACCUAAGAAACUGAGUUGCCUAAACCUAUGAGAUUUUACCCUGCUGUCUCCAUGUUUAUCAGAAAAUGUGGAUGUUAUGAAGACAGUCGAUCCACCAAAGACUCCCUGACUAAUCCAGCCAUGUUGUAACAGCUGGCGGAACAGUAUGAAAUCUUUGCCUGUACCUUGCUUCAACUGGACCUUCUCCUUGGACACGACAAUGACCCUUGUGGUCCCCACUCUGCCUUUUAAAAUUUAAGUUUUUUUGAAGAUCCAGUUUAACAUGAUGUAGACCUCCACUGAAGAUAUGACUCCUGAAGAGGAUGUGAAGGUCCCCGUUCAAUGAUUCACUUUGGUGGAAAUUGUUUUAGACAAUAUGAAUUGACAACUUAGUGGAGUUUCUCAAUUUUAUGGAAUUUUAAAUCUGCAAAGCAAUUUUUGGGCCAAUUUUUGUGUGCAUAAUACAAGAUCAAUGCUUGGCUGAAAUCACACAUGCAGUUUUUGAUGCAGCUUCUUGAGCAAAAGUCAGACAUGGAUCCAGCAGGAAGGAGAAGUUAUAUUUUACAUUUCCUUUAAAUAAAAAACUGCAUAUCUGAUUCAGAGUAUGUUCACACGGUUGUAUUAGCUUGCUGAAAAUUUUGGAGUGGAAUCCACAUGAAAGUCCCAAGCGUGUUCCAUGCUGGUUUUGUUAUGUGGUUUUCCAUGCAAACUUUUUUAGGCCUCCUACUGACUACAGUGGAAAUCCACACCAAGGCCUCUUUCACACUAGCGUGUUCGGUUUGGGAAACUUUGUGUGAUGGCCGCAGUUCCUGAACUUAUGAUGCUGUGAGUUCCUGCCUGACCAUGGGUCGAACUGUACUGUACUCAUGGCAUUAUGCGAGUACAGUACAUUCAGCCAGGAACUAACAGCAUCAUGAAUCAUUAUGAUGCUUCGAGUUCAGGUCAGAGGAGCAGUAUUCAGUCAUGAAAAUGCAGCCAUGACACAGAGCUUGUUUCCUGGACCAGAUACGCUCAUGUGAAAGAUGCCCAAAAAUGGAACAUGUGUUUUUUUUCAAUGACAUGGAUUACCAAAAUACAUACCGAAAAAAAAAGGCUCCAGCGCGGAUUUUCCGUUGACAACAAUGGCUGGUUCCUCACAUAACUGAAGUCUACCUGAUUUUACGAUGUAUGUUUUUUUAAAGUUAUUUGAUCAAUUCGAUUUAAAAAAAAUGAAAGAAAGAAAACAAUUAUGGAUUGAGAAAGUGGAUUCCACAUGAAAAAUCUACGUGAAAAAAUCAGUCUAAUGAAAUAUGCUGUUUGGAAGUUAUUAAAAUUUGGAAAGAAAGAAAACAAUGUUGGACUGAGAGAGUGGAUUCCACAUGGAAAAAUUGUGAAAAAUCUGCCAAGUGAACAUGGCCUUGGGGAAGUUUUUUUUCUGAUGUAAUGCAGAUUUUUCUGUGGAUUGAUAUGACAAAGGGAAAACUUGUUCAUGGUGUCUAUGAUGUAAAUAAAUGAGGGUGGCCUCGGCCUUGGACACCAUACUGACAAUGUUCUAGAAGUAUAACGAUGGUUUAUUUUUUUUCCGGUCAGAAUGUAGCAGAGAAUAUUCUAUAACAAAAAGGAACAUAUAUAUUUUCAGCAGAAUUAGACAUAGACUUUCCCCUCUUAUACAGAACUAUUAUAACUGGUAACAUAAAGACACAGUUCAGCACAAAGUAGCACAACCAAACAUUGCUCCGUCAGAGUUACGGCUACACGGCAACUUGAUAUGGCAAUAUUGCGUUUCUAAAGUCGAAACUAAUGACAGUGACUGUGGUCCAUCUGCAAACCAGCAGGUUUGGAUUCCCGCCGACCGUCAUGGUAAGCAUGCAGUUUGACCACAUUUACCACCAUUAAUUGUGAUGUACAUUGAGACACUGUGAUCUUACGUCACGUGGCCACAAGUUACCAUGUAGCCCCAGCUUUAGUAAUGUCGCUCAUGCACUGACAAUCCGACAACCUGUCACUUCAUCGUCUCAUUCAGCAUUUUUCUAGAUUACCAUUUCUGUAUUAGCUGAAACUGAUAGGUCAUAUACGUACAUCCCCAUAAAUUAUAUACUCUAUAUGCGUAACCUCAGGGCAAGAAGGGGCACUUUUCAAUCUGCCUUAGAAGAGCACACAACUAUACAUUACAUGGUCUCUUCUACAGACGUUACUACUUCUUAUCAUGCAGAAAAAAGUCUACAUAUAUAUAUAAAUAUAUUAUAUAUAUACUUAUAUAUUUGCAUUGGUUUGUGUGUACAUUUGAGGAAUCUAAUAUUGCUUUGCCAAUGUUUUUUAUGUAUGUGAAAAUAAAGAAAUAAAUCCUGGAAUAUCCCUA